AGGGUACGUUAGUCAUGGUGGAGAAUUUGAGGAGAGCGUACCUAUGCGCAAGAAUAAGCUAAGAAGAAAAGUUAAAUAUUGAUUAAAAUUUCUGCAAAAAAAUAUAUAUAUGUAAUUAUAUAUUGUAAAUGUCUUUAAUUUAAGUGAUAUAAAUCAAAUAUUUGUGUAAAGUUUAAUAUUUUAAUACGCGUCAAAGUACAACGAGUGGAAGCUAAUCGCACACAAAGAAAAACAAGCAAAAGCACCAACUACAAUUAAAAAAGAAAAAAAAAAAUAGUAAACGCAAAAGCAAAACUUUUCUUGUGUGUGGCACAUCGAGCAAUUUGCGUCGUCGUGUGUACUUUGCGAGAAAAAACAUAAAACAUAAUAAAUAUUGCAAAGAAAACAACGUUAAACAAAACCGAAUCAGUUAAUAGUGUGAUUUUUUUGAGCCUUUGUAAGUGAGAGAGGAGAAAGCUUUAAGCGGAAUCCCUUUAAGCAAACAUCCCGUCGCCAUUUUGAAAGUGAUUUUACAUACAUACAAACAAAUAUAUACGUACACACACAUAUAUAUAACCAUAACCAUCAGAGAAAAUCAACAAUAAACCACAAAAAAAAAAAAACAAUCGCAAUUUCCCAAUAGAGAAUAACUAUCGCAAAAUUCAAAUUGAACUGGCAACAGUGAAAACAAGGCAACUCUUAAUAUAUAAAUGCAAAUAAUUUGUAAUAAUCAGUAUAACAAAGUGGCAAAGAAAAACCCCCCGCGCUGUAAAGCAAUCAAUAACUGCGACACAUAUACAGUCGUCUUCUUCACUCCCAUACCGCGCAACCCAUAAAAAAACCAGCGAGUGUGCGAGCGAGCAAGAUUAUAGCAGCAGCAACCACACACACAACAUUGGUGUGAAAAGGUUUACAACUCAAAGACCCGGGACCCGGCUUGGAUGACAGCAACGACGAUUAGGCAAGAGAAAAAAAAGCGUAAGAGCAAGAGAAAGAAGAGAGAGAGUUUGGAAAAUUUAGAGCUAAUAAGGAAGAAGGAGGAUAGCCUAACAAAAAGAUAAAUCAACAGACUGAUAAACAAUACAUAAAGUUAAAAGUUAAACUAUAUAAAGUAUAUAACUAAAGCUGUAAAUACAAAAUCAAUCGAUACGCAAACCAAACUGAACGCAUCAGCUACAACAACAACAGUUCAGCAACGUACGACGUCAGCUUCUUCCCGUUUGUGCCGCUGAGAGUGGGAAAGAGAAGGGAAGCGCAGUAGCAAAAUCGUCAAAUUUUGAACCAAAGAAGAGACGAGACGAACACAAGGGAGGGAGGAAAAGAGAGCGAUCGACGUAGCAUCAGAUUCGCGUUUGUUUGUUAUCGAUACUAAAUAAAAAAUAUAAAUUGAUUUUAAGUGCGUGUGAUAUUUAACGUUAAGCAUUAAUUUAGCGAAUAUAACCAAAAACAAAACAAAAAAAGGCAAAAAAGCAGAAAUUUUAUCAAGCAGAGUAAGAAGAGCCAGAAUUGGAUAGAAGAGAGGAGGAGAAGAAGAAGCACGCGCAUUGGGUAAAAAGCUCAGUUAAAAGAAGAAGCAGCAGCAACAACAACAAUCAGUGUUGUAAAAGCUUUUAAUUUUGAUAGAGAAAGCAAGAGGAAAGCAACAAGAAAUUACUAUGACAUACUCGCACAAUAGUGUUAGAAACAACAUUAAAAUGACAACAGCAGCAACAACAACAAAGUCCAUUCGCUUGAAAAAGGGCGCCAAUACACCAUCACCCCCACCCCCAGCAGCAGCAGCAGCAACAACAAUAGAAUCAACAACACCAGCAACGGUAACUGCACAUUCCAACAGUAUUGCCAGCAGUACAAACUACAACAACAACAAUAAUCAGCAACAGCAGCAGCAACACUUCCAUCAGCAGCACGCUUUAAGCACAUCGCCACCCACCACCCCCAAUAACAAUCGUAUACAGCAGCAACGUCUGCAGAGUCAAUCAGCUGGCGCCAAUCAACGCAACACUCGCCAGCGCCAAUCGCCACAGCAGAUGAACGGAGGAUCAGCAUCAGGAGGAGGCGGUGGCUUCUUUUUUGCCAACAAUAGCAGCAGCAGCAGGCGCAAUGGCGGCGGUCGUUCGCCACACUCGAUUCAAGCAACAACAUCGCCUGCAACAAUUUUGGGUGGCGGCUUUUUCUCACCUGUUGCAGCUUCGGCGCGCAAGCAGCGACGCAGUCCAACAGCAUUGGUUGCAACAACAGCAGCAGCAGCAUCAUUUGGUGGCAAGAUAUCGCCACAGCAUCCACAACCACUCAUACCCACCGCACUGACGCAUUUUGCGGGCAGCAAGUGCUUCGAUGCACCUGCACCGACGGCACUGCCAAAGCCGCCGCAGCAUUGGACAACAUUGACACGGCCCGAGGAGAAAUUGGUGAUGGUGGCCAGCAGCGGUGCUGGUGGCACAACAUUGCAGAGUCUACUGCGCGCCGGUGGCAACGACAACAAUAAGAACAACAGAUGCAGUGCGUCCAAAUUUCAGCUGGGUGGUGGCAACGGUGUCAGCGGUGGCGGUGGUUAUGGCUAUGGCGUCAGGUCAUCCAAGCGCAAUCUGCUCGAUGACUUUGAUACGCACAAUCUUAAAUUGUUGCUCAAUGUGCAGUCGUAACUCUCUUCUAGCAACGGCAACAACAACAACAAUUAGAAAAACAACCUAAGCGAACUGUUAACAAAACUACUGAACAUGAAGGACCCAAAUGAACCCGUCAAUGACUUGCGAAAUGAGAAAGAAAACAAAACAAAACAAAAAACUAAAAAAAAAAAUAUAUAUACACAAAAAAUCAAAAAUAUAAAAAUUGUAAAACACUACACAAGAAAAAAAAAAAUACCAAAAAAAAAAACUACAAAUCAUUUAAAACUGAAAAUUUGAACUUUUUUAAACAAAACAAAAAAAAAAAAACAAUAAAUAAAAAAAGAGGAAGAAGAGUAAUGUUUGUGAUCUCAAAUGUAUCAUAAAACAGCAACAAAAAUUGAGAAGCUAAAUAAGAGGAAGAAAAACACAAAAAACAAAACGAAAAAAAUGCAAAAUUUAAAAGGAAGGCGAACAAAUGGAAACUGUACUCACAUAACAACAAAUAACAACGACAAAAAAGAUACACAUCCAAAAAGAUGCAAAAUUCCCCGACAAAAAUACACCCAACAACAAGAAGACAAACAACAACAACUGCAGCUGUUAACUUCAAAAUGCUACCUUUUGAAAAGCCAAUCGUCAAAGAUGAAUACAAAUUUAACAAAAGCAAAAGAAAAUCUUAAGUUUGGCCACAAAAAGAGAGCGAGUAAGAGAGAGAUAAUGUUUGAGAGAACAGUUAGAUGGAUGGAUGGAUAGACGGAUGGACAGAGACGGGCUCUAUAUGUAUGUAUAACGGAUACAAAAUUCACACAACUGAACAUUGUUUUAUAAACGUGAUACGCAAAUAGACUUGAAAAAAAUGUAAUUAAUAAGUAAAAUUAUAAAUUAUAUAAAUAUGUAUGAUUGUAUUUAUGAGUAAUUAAAACAAAAUCCAGACGCUAGAAGCGCAAUACAUAAGUACAGCUUAUGUUUACUUAUAUAUUCCCCAAGCGGACAACAUGUGCAACGUACCUUAAAAGAAUGAAAGAGCAACAAGAAGAAGCAGAGGAAAAGAGUAAGAACGAAAACCGAUAAGCAGUUGAUCAGAAUGUGAGAGAGCACAGAGACGGAGAAGAAGAGUAUGGAAAAUCGAAAAUGAA